UCUCCCUCUGCCUCUCCUAGCUCCUUCAUUUUCAUAUCUCUAACAAAAUUUAUUAAUUUUGCUCUUCUUACUUAAUUCAUGGAUUCCUACUCUCCUUUUGAUUGUCUCAUCUUUGAUUUGGACGAUACUUUGUACUCUUCAAAUAUCGGAUUUGGCGAGGCAACCAAGCGUAACAUAGAUGAUUUUCUAGUUGAGAAAUAUGGAUUUGAAGAGCGGAAAGCUUCUGUUCUUCGAGUUGAACUCUUUAAAACUUAUGGAAGCACUCUUGCCGGUCUACGAGCAUUAGGCUAUGACGUUGACGCGGAUGAUUAUCAUAGCGUCGUGCACGGAAGGUUGCCUUAUCAACUUAUUAAACCAGACCCUCAAUUAAGAAAUCUUUUGCUUACUAUUCGACAACGAAAAAUUAUAUUCACAAAUUCGGAUAGGACUCAUGCGAUGAAGGCUCUAAGUCUUUUAGGUAUCGAUGACUGUUUCGAACAGAUCAUUUGCUUUGAGACAAUGAAUCCGAAUUUGUUCAAUUCCAAGUCAUCAUCACCACAAGAAUUUCCUGUGGUUUUGAAACCUUCAUUAGAUGCAAUCAAUAUUGCUAUCGAUGUAGCUGAAGUUGAUCCAAGCCGAACGCUGUUUCUUGAUGACAAUAUUCGGAACAUAGCAGCAGGAAAAGUUGUUGGCCUCCGAACUGUUUUGGUUGGAAAAACAACAAAGACAAAAGAAGCAGAUUAUGCAUUGGAGAAAAUACAUGACCUAAUGCAAGUUGUUCCUGAAAUAUGGUUCGCGAAAAAAGAAAAGACUAAUCUUAACCGAACUCCAAGUGACUUAAAUUCAACUCUUAACCCGACUCAUGUUGCUGCUUAAAAUUUAACAUCUUGAUCAAUUGACCGGGGUUGAUGACUAUAAAAAAAGCCUUGACCAAUCCCAAAAUAUGUGCAGAUCGAACCAACGUUUACGUACAUAUAACACGUACACCACUAGUAUUUCCUGUGUUGAAGAAAACUUGUUAUGGGUUGUUGGACAUCCUAAAAUUGGCAUAAGGGGUGAGAAGGACUUGUUAAUGAGUUUAAUGUGUGUUUUAAAACCAAUUAAUUGCCAAAUACAGGGAACAAGAAUAAGUUAAUAAGUGUAUAGGAUAUGUACGUUACAAUGUAAUUAGAAAAUGAAUUAAUAAAAGUGUGUGAAAGUGUAUAUGCGAUGACAAAUGUUGGAAUUUGUUGGUUGCGUCUUGUACAUUGAAUUGAAAUGUAAAGCAUUUGUAUUCAUGUUUA